AUGGCCGACGCCGCGCCGCUCCCGCUCUACAGCGACGUCCAGGCGGCGCACCGCUCCGAGAUGGCGCUCAAGCAGAAGUUCGCGCGGAUACUGGACGACCAGCUCGACAUCGAGGACCUCUUCCGGAACGUGGCCGCGCAGCUCGAGGGCAUGCGCGAGCUCGGGCCCGCGCGGCGGACGCUCGUCGACGGGUGGGAGCGGUUGCGGCAGCGGCACCGGCAGACGUACAAGGACUCGCAGCAGAACGCGGGGAUGUGUGCGCACUUCAUGAGGAAUUUCACGAGCGUCUUGGUCCCUCUGUCGCAGUCGGUGGAGGUCUCGAGUGAGCAGAAGACAAUGAUGAUCGGGAAGUUCCUCGAGACGAUACCUAUCCACCUGAACACCGCACGGGAGAACGCGGAGAACUUCAACGAGCUCGCGAAGGAGGUCCACGGAUUUCCUCUCAAGGUCCACAAGGCGGUGAACGCGCAUGACGACAAGGCAGGCAUCUGGGGCAAAGUGUGGAGCGUUAUCGAGAAACUUUGUGCAGCCAUAUGGAAGGCUUUGAAUGACUUUUUGAUGAAAAUUCUGGACACGUUCAAGGAUACGCUCGGACGUCUGAACAGCAUUCAUCUAACGUACUACGGUGCUCGACUCGACAUGUACUUCACACCCUAUCAAUCACUCGAGCCAGAGAAAGCACUUUCUGACGUCGGCUCCGACGUGACAUUGCACGAAGCCGCCGACAACAUCGAAGCCAACACGCGGACGCUCAGCGAGAAGCUGACUGCGUUCGAGAGCGCGUGGCACGUUGUCGAGCUCGCAUGUACGCAGCUAUCGUCCGACCUCGACCUCGCCAAGAGCUUCUCGGCGAUGGGUCCCCCUGUCUCUCAAGCUUCGGAUGGAUACCUGCGCGCCGCAGCACUCGUGCACGCACCGCUCGUGGAGUGCUUGACGGCAUAUUCAUUGGGCAGGUUCCCGGAUUUUGCAUGA